AUGAAUGAGAAUGAGUUCAUUUCUGAGUACUUUAACAGAACAUUGACCAUUGUUAAUCAGAUGAGAAGAUAUGGAGAGAAGAUGGAAUCUCUUCAAGUGAUAGAGAAGAUUUUUCGAUCACUCAGUCCCAAGUUCGAGCAUGUGGUUGUAGCAAUAGAAGAGUCCAAGGAUCUCAGUGCCAUGAGCACCGAUGAGUUGAUGGGCACACUUGAGAUUCAUGAACAAAAGAUCAACAAGAAGACUCCCUCAAGUACUCUAGAGCAAGCUCUUCAAUCAGAGCUGUUUUUCAGAGAUGACAGAAACGAGCAAGGGGGAACAUCACAAAGAAGCCGAGAAAGAGGUCGUGGUUACAAUAAUCGAAGUUCUGGUUUUCGAGGAAGAGGUCUAGCCAAAGGAGGAAGAAGUCAACCACACUUUGCUCCAAGAGAAAGAGCAAGAGCAAUGAAUGCUAAAGUCGAGCAACAACAGAAACCGGAAAAUUCGGGAGCCAAUAAUCACAUGUGUGGUAAAAGAGAGCUGUUCGUUGAGCUUGACGAGACUGUACAAGCACAAGUCUCAUUUGGUGAUUCUUCAAAGACUCCAGUGAAAGGAAGAGGCAAUAUUCUGAUCAAGCUCAAGAAUGGAGAUCAUGAUUACAUCUCCAAUGUUUAUUAUGUUCUUGCCAUGAAGAACAACAUUUUGAGUAUGGGACAACUCCUAGAAAAAUGA